CGGUUGUUGUGACGGUGCGCGUGUUCCUACGGCAGCAGCUGCACGCGCUCCUCGUUCAGCACCGAAGGGGCGGGGGUCUAUAGAAGCGGCUCCUCUCCGCCCCGCAGCACACCGGCACCGGGCACACAUGUCCCGCUCACCGCCACGCUGCUCCACCGGCGGGGAGUCGAUCCCCCCGGGCCGGUUACCGGAGAACGGCCUGGAGGAGCCGCGGGAGGAGGAGGAAGAAGAUCUGGACGAUGAGCAGGACGCCUCCCGGCUGGAGAGCUUCCUGAGGGACCGGAGGAGAGCCCGGUCCCUGCCUGCCUACCCGGCGGCGCUGCUGGAGCGGCAGUCCGGCGGCGGGAAGCGCGUGAAGUUCGCGGACUCCAUGGGGCUGACUCUGGAGAGCGUGAAGCACUUCAGCGCGCUGGAGGAGCCGCAGAUCCCCUCCAAGGUUCUGUCCCGACACCGGAGCUUCCCGCCGCCGCAGCACGACCUCCUGGCCGACCUGCGACACCGCUUCCAGGCCGGCCGGGACACCGACCGGCUGCUCGCCUGCUUCCCGGAGCUCCGGGAUGCGGAGCGGCGCGUGCUUCAGCUGCGGGUCUGUCUAGAGCGCGUGACCAUCACGCAGUUUGACGUGAGCGGACAGAUCCGGGUCCUGGACGGCCGCGAGGACAAGGAGGUCGGAGUCAGGUACACCUUCAACGACUGGCUGUCCCACGUGGACGCGCAGGCCGUGCCCGUGGCCGCGGAGCAGACGGACCUGGUGGGGGAGCGCUUCGUGUUCACGGUGUUCACGCCGCCGUUCAUGGCGCCCGGCUCGAUCGUGCACCUGGCCGUGUACCUGAAGAGUGACGGGGGGGAGUUCUGGGACAACAACGAGGGGCAAAACUACAGCUUCCGGUACCACAGCAUGCCCGGCACCGCUGCCUUCCACUCCACCUGACCCGUGCGUAAAAUGUUCCAUCUGUGCGUAAAAUCUCUCCAUAAGUCGCCAGAGCUGGAGGAAAUGAUCGACAAUCAGGAAAGUAAUGGUUCCUAGAGAAGAUAAAUGUUCUGAUUCUCUGGUGACCAAACAUCAAUCAGCACCUUACUGCUGUAAAUUUAACUGCAUUUUUGCUGUUAAUCGGUUUAAACUACAUUAAACUGGUUGUGAAUGAAUUAAAUUGUCUGAAUAACUUCGUAUUUCUUCACCUGGAAUUCAGGAUUUAAAGUGAGGAACCAGAAACGCUGCAGGUUCUUUGACUUUUAUUCUGAAUAAUCAGGUCUGGAGUUGUGUUUCUGAACAGAACCAGGUAGAAAACGUUCCGUAAAGAACCUGUUUCUGUGAACAAGACGUGAAGGAAGCAGCUUCAUGGUUCCUGGUUCAGAUUCUCCUCUGUAGACGUCUUGGUUCCGCUCAGAGGUUUCAGCUGAUCUUCAUCCUGGACUUCAGCAGGUUCUGGAAUAAAUCCUGUAAAGUUCCUUCAUCUUCACUGGAAGCUCAGAAUGAAGUCGGUUUGUUGGUUUUGACUCUGAAGCUGCUGCAGAUGUUUCUCCUGGUUUCUUCUCUGUCGGUUUAAUUUUUCUCUGAGUUGAAGUUUAGUUUGAUGGAAACAUUAAAUCCUUCAUGAGGUUCUGCUGGUUCCUGCUGGACGUUUGCUGAGUUACUGAUAAAAAAAGAAGAAGCACAAAAAUGCUUUAAAACCUGUGAUUUUGUUCAAACUAAGCAUCAUAAAGCUGCUCAUAUUCAGUGAUUUUCAAACAAAUAAAAAUGAUGUUUUGAGUUU